UCCUUGUCAAAUCGAUUUUGCUGUAUUUUUCUCAUGCCUUUCCAGUUUCAGAUUUAGAUCGAUCGUGCAAAAAUGUCAUCAGUUGGGGAACUUGUUUGUACCUACGCUGCAUUGCUUCUCUACGAUGAUGGCAUUCCCAUCACUGCUGAGAAGAUUGCUACGGUGGUGAAGGCAGCAAAUAUUUCAGUGGAGUCCUAUUGGCCGAGCCUUUUUGCGAAGCUGUUUGAGAAGAGGGACGUCGAGGACCUCAUCUUGAAUGUUGGGAUAGGUGGCGGUGGUGCAGCCGUUGCCGUUGCUGCGCCGGUUGCCGGAGGUGGUGCUGCCGCUGCUGCUCCCGCCGCUGAGGAGAAAAAGGAGGAGAAAAAGGAGGAGAGUGACGACGAGGACUUGGGAUUGAGCUUGUUUGAUUAGGAACUUCCUUUAAUAUGCAGCAUAGUGCCAGUGCUUAUUCAUGUUUUGUUUUAUCCUUUUUCCUCUGUUUUCCUUUCCCUUUUCACAAAAACUUGAGUCCUUGACUUGUGAUAUGAGGGAUCAAUUCUUUUUUCUCUGUCAUUAAUCAACUUCUUUCAUAGGACAUUUAUUUGCAAUACUAGUUUUCGCUUUUAUGUGUCGUUUGAUUGGGAAAUAAGUUAUUUCAGCAUUA